GACACUCAUGGGCCAAAGUUGAAAGUUUACCAUGCCCGAUGUGAAGAAUGAAAGCAUGCACACCGAUGUUGCCGAGUUUAUUAAAUUAGUUAAAAUGUAACGUUAUCUUGUUGUGUUUGUGUUAACGUCUGAAUAUGUAUUUAAGGAAGGAGCAUGCUUCAAAUCAAAAAUUGAACCAUUUGAUCUACCAGUAUUUAAAAGAGAACGGCUUCCAGAAAGCUGCAGAAGAACUCAAGAAGCAUGUGAAGAAGGGUGGAGAACCAGAAGCCUUGUCAACAUCACUACUGGAGAUCUACAAUAAAUGGUUCGGAGAUACUUCCAAGAGCUCAAAAAAGGGAACAGAACCGGAUUCUUCCAAGUUCAAAAAGAACUGUCAAGCAGACCCUGAAAGCAGCACAGAGAGCUGGAGUUCAGCAGAGGAAGAAACAAAACCUGUUAAAGGCUCCCAGAUCCCAAAGCAUCAGAGCCUAGCUACUGCCAGACCAGCUAAGGGCAAGGCUCUAGUGCAGAGCACCUCUGGAGGAAAGGCCACAAUGGGGGAGAGCUCUGGGUCUGACAGCUCAGAGGUCUCUGAAGACUCAGAGAGUGAGGAGACACCACCACAGAAAAUCCCUGUGACACCCAAAGCCAAUCAUGUUCCAGCUGCAAAGGUCAAGGCCAGGUCAGCGGUCACUCCAUUGACCCUGAACAAGAAACCAGCAGAGAGCUCAGACAGUGACAGCAGCUCGGGGAGUGAAGAUGAGAGCCAGAGUCUGCUUCCACAGACAACAGCUGCCACAACUAAAGCUACACCAGUGAAGCAACCAAAACCAAGUUCAACAGCCAAGACAAAAGCCACUCCUGCUACCCCAGCUAAACCAGUGGUUGCUGCUACUCCAAGCAAGGCACCAUCUACUGCCCCAGCCACACCAAAACGAAAGAAGGUGACCACAAAAGACAAGACAGCAACAGCAACAAAGAAAGCGCAGGCCUCAGCUUCAUCAGCCAAGAGGAAGAGAUGUGAAGAGAAACCAGGGGACAUGCCCGCUAAGGACAAGAGGAAGAAGCCCUCCCCUCCACAGGCGGAGACUGUCAUGAUCGCCAUGCCUCAGACCCCUCCUGUUCCUCCUACUGGGGGAGACGAGUCUGACUCAGACUCUGACACCGAACUGGAUGUGGAGAAGUGGAAGAAACUGGCACGGGAACUGUCAGACACUGAUAUUGCCAAAAUAGACGCCAUCACUGCACUGAAUGCUCCACCUGCUCCCACCUCACCUGCCUCAGCAGCAAAGAAAACAAGAGCACCGAGGAAGCCCAGGGCUAAAUCUGCAACGAAAACACCAAAACCCAAGGCUGACGCUGCAGUGAAAAAGGCUGGUCAUGCUAAAAAGUUCAAAGCUACAACUGAAAAAAAAGCCAUGGCUGAGGAGAAUGGGAAGACCAAGACACCAGCAAAAGACAGUAAAGCCAAGUCUAGUCAAGUGAAGAAGUCAGCACCUCCCUCCCCAUCCCCUGAACGCCAAGCAGAGGAGAUCAACAAUAAUACAGCUGACCUAAUAGCUGUAGCAGACAAACAGCCACCCUCCAUGCUCUCUACCACAACACUUAAUGGAAAACAGACAGCCAAGAAAGGAAAGAGGAAAAAUGGGAACAUUAGUAAGGCUAAAGCAGAUAAGAAUCUACCAGAACCCAAGAAGAAGAAAAAGAAAAAGGAGAUUGUAGAGGAGAAGACGGAACCAGAGAAGAAGAAAAAGGAGAAGACGGCUAAGGAGAAUGGGGCAGAAAAAGAGAAGGAAAGAAAGAAGAAAAAGGAGAAGAUGAGCAGGGACAAUGAGACUGAGAAGAAACAGGAGAAGAUGAGCAGGGACAAUGAGACUGAGAAGAAACAGGAGAAGAUGAGCAGGGACAAUGAGGCUGAGAAGAAACGGGGAAAAGACAAGAACAAGACUAAAGGGAAUGGCGUUAAAACUGACCCACUACCUCCAUCCACCACAGGAACGCCUGAUCCUCCAACAGAGAAGAAGAAAAAGAAGAAAAAGCUGAAACUCUCAGUGGAGAUUGCAGUGCCUGAGACUCCGGUCACCCCUGUACAGGCAUCCACAAAGACCCCUCCUAGAAAGAAAAAAAAAUCAUCUAAGAGUAAGUCAGGCCUUUAGAGAUGAAGGUCACCUACAAUGGGGCUGUGUCAAGUGUGGACCUGGACCCAGGAUUCUACCUAAAUGGUAGUAGAGCAAUAAUGGUAAAGACUGUCUGUCCACACAAUGGUCUCCCUAGACCAAAUCAACUGGGCCCAGUUUUUCAAAAGUUAUCUAUCUGGAUUUCGCCUAUCGGAGAGGUUAAAAUGCAUAGAAAUAAAAUGAAUAGAACAGAAGUCCCCAUUCAAGUCAAUGUUUUGUCUGUACUAUUCAUUCUAUUUCUAUGCAUUUAAUUGUAUCCGAUAGGCGAAAUCCAGAUAGAUAACUUUAGAAAAACCGGACCCUGGGGACUUGUUAUAUUUUUUUUAUAACAUUGUAUACUGUAUUAAAUGCAUUUUAUUGAAGUUAAAACAUUGUUUUUAUUAGUUUAUCCCCCCAAAAAAUGAUUGUACAGUUUGCUGUUUUGCAUACUAUGUGAUGUGCUGCAGCUAUCUAUGUUACCGUACAUUUUAAUUAUGACGUUUCCUUGCAUGUUUGUGUGAUAGUGAAAAACAGAACGUUUUAAGGAAAUGUCAAGUUUACUAUAGCAUUAGCCCUAACUUCCUUUAGCGCCUAUUGAUGAUAGUAUCUUCUGACCGGGGGAGUUUUGUUAAGAGCCCCGACGCUCUUUCUGAACGUGAACAUGCAUUGCUUGCGGUACGAAUUUUGAAACAUAAGGAACGUACACUACCGUUCAAAAGUUUUGGGUCACUUAGAAAUGUCCUUGUUUUUGAAGGAAAAGCAAAUUUUUUUGUGUAGAAACUGCAAUUUUUUUUAUGGAAUAUCUACAUAGGCGUACAGAGGCCCAUUAUCAGCAACCAUCACUCCUGUGUUCCAAUGGCAUGUUGUGUUAGCUAAUUCAAGUUUAUCACUUUAAAAGGCUAAUUGAUCAUUAGAAAACCCUUUUACAAUUAUGAUAGCACAGCUGAAAACUGUUGUUCUGAUUAAAGAAGCAAUAAAACAUUAUUUUAUUGUGUUCAAAAACAAGGACAUUUCUAAGUGACCCCAAACUCUUGAACAGUAGCGUAUAUAUUCAUAUCAGUGAGAAGAAAAUAUACUAAAAACCUUUAUAGGGUUAAGGUUCCCACACAGCCAUUUCUCCAUGUUACAGUGCUUGUUUACGGAAAACAGACGGAAGACAGAGCAGACUGCCUGUACUAAUUAGCUAUCUGCGUCUCCGAACACCUGUGUGUAAACGGAAGGCAGACGCCACAAACGUGUUGUCACUGAAAAAUACUGUCGGCUGUGUUAAUACCGGUUACAACAGUGUACAGUAAGUGUGUAUUUUCCAUUCGUGAAAUUAUUUUGAUAUGAUAUGAAAGUAGAGGGAUUUAUGUUUCUACAACCGUACCGCAAUUGAGAAUCGAUUUCCGUUUAGAUGCUGUUUUGGCUGCCAGAGCCAAUUUGCCCUUUAAACAGAACACGUAAGGUCCUUGAACUAUAAGGAGUAACGUUAGGCUACUUUGGUCCAUUAUUGGGCUAGGACAGCAUCUGCUGCUGUAUGUCUUACGUGGUGAAUACAUAUAGCUGAUCCUAAAGAUCAAAUUAACCUCAAAAUACCAAUGAAACCAAGGGGCCCUUGUUUUACCCUUACACCCUAGUGAUGAAUGCAUAACUUAAAUGGUAAGAGAAUCAUGAGAUUGAAAAAUAUUUUAAAGAUAUUAGGACUAAGAACAUUUUUCGAAAAGUUUCAUGGUCAGUAAGUAUGUUACUUUUCUACUGUAUUUUUUAAUGGAAUUAAAAGUCAUAUUUUUCUACA